AUGCCACUGUCGUCAAGCACAAAGAGACGCAUCACCACGAUGUGUUCGUCUCUGUUCGCGCAACUUCGCUUGACAGCCAGCAACGAGCAGCGCAGCGAAGCCCGAUCGACCUCAUCUGCAAGCGAGCCUAGCAGGAAAGAUCCACUCACCCUUACGAGCAUCCCCUCAGAAAUCCGACAGACCAUAUUCGAGGAGGCGUACGGCGGAAAGCGCAUCCAAUGGCACAUACAAGCAUGUGGGAUCAGCCACACCUACUCCGUCAUCACGCAGAUGCUGAUCUCGAAGCAAUACUUUGCCGAAGCCCGAGCAGCACUUCUUCGCACAGCGAAGGCCAACAUCUGGAACUGCGUUUUGUGCUCCAGGUACAUUCAGGAUCCAGUCUUGGAAGAUUUCAGGCAGCUCAGAUUGCUCUUCCUUGAUUCAACAUACGGAUUCAAAGGUAACGCCAUGACAGUCACAAGAGUACUGUGUGGACUUCCGAGCCUGCAACGGGUUGAGUUGGCGCUGGUCGAGAGACUCCUGCUGAACAAUGUGUUCUGGAGUUGCUUUACUCAUCGCUCCGACAUGACUGAGGCCCAUCAAGCCGCGAGUCUGACAGAGAACGCUGGAUGCCAUGUGAGCGCCAAGUUCGAACAAUUGCUUCGGGAUUUCUGCAGGUUCCCUGCUCGAAGACGUGUUGCCAGAGGCGGCAGAGUUCCGCCGGAGCUGUUCGGAGUCUUGCAGGCCUGGCUGUGCCAGCGUCGCAGCUUCCAGGUAGUCUUGCACACAGGAAUCGACGGAAGUGUACGUGACCUGGCCCAAGUCAAGCUGUUCGAGAGGAACAACUAUACUGCAGAGCUCAACAUCUCGACUCGCGUGGUUGCCAUCACUGAAGACGAUGGUACCGAGGCCAAGUUAGUUGAGGGCGCAGACAUCGUGCUUAAGCAAUCAGUGCUGGAAGAUGUCUUUGAUGAAUGCCUCCCAUGGGGCGGGAUCUGUGGAUGA